AUGAGGAUGUCUGAAGCCAAGCCCCUCAGCAUCUCUUGCCUCGUGCUUUCCUUGCUUUUCUUGCACUGGGCUUUGCUCCAGCUGGGCCAGGCUUUUCCCAGCACCUCUGACUACCUCCAGCGGGGCUGGCAACGGCUGCUGGAGGAAGGGGAGGGCUGCACUGAGUGCCAGCCAGAGGAGUGCCCGAUGCCACGCGGGUGCCUGGCUGGCACAGUGCGGGAUGCCUGUGACUGUUGCUGGGAAUGUGCCAACCUGGAGGGACAGAUCUGUGACCUGGACAACACCAACCACUUCUACGGCAAGUGUGGGGAGCACCUGGAAUGCCGGUUGGAUGCCGGGGACUUGCAUCACGGAGAGGUGCCCGAGCCCCAGUGUGCCUGCCUCUCCCACCUGGCCCUCUGUGGCUCUGAUGGCAAAACUUAUGCCCAGAUCUGCAGGUUCCUGGAGGCUGCCCAUGCCCAUCCUGAUGCCAACCUCACUGUGGCCCAUGAAGGUCCCUGCGAGUCAGAGCCUCAGAUCACCUCUCCUCCCUAUGACACAUGGAACAUCACCGGGCAGGAUGUAAUCUUCGGCUGCGAGGUCUUCGCCUACCCCAUGGCAUCCAUUGAGUGGAGGAAGGAUGGCACAGAGAUGCUGCUGCCUGGAGAUGACCCGCACAUCUCUGUCCAGUUCAGAGGCGGCCCCCAGAAAUAUGAAGUGACGGGCUGGCUGCAGAUCCAGGGUGUGCGGGUGACGGAUGAGGGCACGUACCGCUGCUUCGCCAGGAACAGGGUUGGGGAGGUGGUGGCAUUGGCCAGCCUGACUGUCUUCACACCAGACCAGCUCAACCUGACAGACUUCUCCCUGCCGAAGCCCCACAUGACACCUGAGGACUACGGGGAGAGUGAUGAGGACUACUACUAGCCCAGAGAUGGCAUGUCCAGCUGCAGAGAUCACCUUGCCCACAGCGACCCUUCCCUGGGGCUUGGGGACAUCUCUGGAGCAAGCACCCUACAGGCCAAAACUCCUUUUCUGAACAACCCUGGCACAGCAGACUGUUUUUUGGGGUGGAGGACAGGGUGACGCAUCCUUUUGGGGUGCUGUGGGAUGGGAUACUGGCUGGCUGGUGCAAGGGCUGGGACCAGGGGCAGCUCUGCCUGGAGCAGGGUGGAUCUGUCCUCUGACACUGAGUGGAGACACAAUGGCAGGUAGGAAACUGUGGGGACAGCUGUGCUGUGUGUGAUGAGGACUUGGUGCUGGGGAUGGAGACAGCCCCCUUUGGGAGAGUGAGGCCAGGACCUCACAUUAUAUCUUGUACGAAUAAUUUUUGGGGAAGCUGGAGCAGGGAGCAGGGACCUGACUGUGAUAACCAGCGUGUCACCCCCGCCAUCUGCUCUGUAUGCCCCAAGCACAGAGACAUUCCAGUUUCUCCCCAGAACCUGAGGAAUCUGCUGCCAAAACACCCUCUCUUCUGUUUUGUUUUUAACCAGAAAAGUAGUGAUUUGAGGAAACCAGGCACUUGUGGCUUUCAGUUCUGUCUUUUCUCCAGCUGAACCACCCUUGUGGUCAGAAAAAGUUUGGCCCUUUUUUGACUGACUUCAUGUU